AUGGAAGAGGUGUUGGCACAGGUAGAGCAACCAAAGGAAGUUAAGACUAUAGUUGCCGAGGUGAUAUUGGCCAAGCCUACAAAGUUCAUGAACCUAAGUGGUGGAUGUGUCAGAGCAUUGGCAAGCACCUACAACGUUCCCUUUGAGAACAUACUGGUGUUGGUCGACGAUAUUGCCUUUGAACUUGGAAAGUCACGUCUGCGCUAUGGAGGUUCUGGUGGUCAGAAGGGCAUGGAGGACAUCAUCAAUCGUUUGGGCACAGAGAAGAUUGCCAGACUGAGGAUUGGCGUUGGAAUGCUUCGUCCUGGCGAGGACAAGGCAUCCUUUGUCCUGAAGCGAUUCCCAAUGGAGUCGGCACAGACAAUCAGCGAUGUUACCGAUAAUGCUGCUGGCAUUGCUGCGAUGUGGAUGGAAUGUGGCACAAUGUAUACCAUGAAUGCUGCUAACAAGUAG